UGUACAAGUGUACCGUGAGCUUAUAAUUUCGCAGCUGUACAUAGAAAGUCAAAGAGAACUUUUACUCUGCGCGAUCGCCUAUUAUAGCGAGUGUUGAUGUACGCGUGCAGCAGAGUCGCACGUCUGUUCGCGCAGCCUAUACCUAUAUACUUAGGCACAAAGCAGCGUAUUUUAGCAUUUGAUUCGUCGUUUUGCUCCCAACAUUUCCUCCGUGCUCCGUUUUCGAUCUGACGAUUCGCGCGAGAAAGCCAAGAGAGUUGUUUUACGCGAGAUAUUGAUUCCAAUUGAAGCUGAACGGAUAUUAAGUGCUUUCAUUGCUCAAUGUUGUAGAUUCACGAACUUCAUUCUUUAAAAAAAGAAUCAUUCCAAACGUUCAAAACUUCAGUGAUGCCUAUGACAGAGGCAUUUUCCUACACAAGACAUUUUGGAUUUAAAUUUUGGAGAGCACGCAUGCCAAUAGAGUGUAUUGUAUCGAUAUAAUCUGUAGAAGAAAUCAAAUUACAUUGAAUUUGGAUACCAUUAAUUCAUAAUUGAGGAAAUAUGUCUACACCAACGGCGUCAUUCCUACCAAUGGUAGUUAAUAAACAAUUACCAGAAAAAGAUAAUUCAGGACCUGUUAUUGACUAUUCAAGCAUCAGAGGAAAAGAUGUUUUAGUCAGCUCUACAGAAGAUCAAUAUGAAUUACUGCUUAAAAAAUUAAAAGAGCGCAUUCAAGAUGGAGGUAGUGAAACCAUUUUUGACAUUGGAAUUGGAGAAGAUGGCUCAGAGGAUGGGCUGAAAGAAGAUGAAUAUGAAGCUUCCGUUGCUACCUUACAAUCACUUGCAGCUACAUUGGAGGCUGAUUGUGUAUUACUGCGACAAACUAAAGUUGAUCAUGGACUCACAGGACAAUACUUAGUUCGCAAAAGACUUGAUCAACAAGAUUUCUUGGAAAUAAGAGUUGCGGUUGUUGGAAAUGUUGAUGCUGGUAAAUCAACAUUACUUGGAGUUUUAACACAUGGAGAAUUGGACAAUGGAAGAGGCUUAGCACGGCAAAAACUAUUUCGUCACAAACAUGAAGCUGAGACUGGUCGGACAAGUUCUGUAGGAAAUGAUAUUCUUGGUUUUGACAGCGUGGGAAAUGUUGUAAAUAAACCUGAACAUGGUUCUUUGGACUGGGUUAAAAUUUGUGAAAAGUCUUCCAAAGUUAUAACUUUCAUUGAUUUAGCUGGCCAUGAACGUUAUUUAAAAACUACUGUUUUUGGAAUGACUGGUCAUGCACCAGAUUUUGGAAUGCUUAUGGUUGGAGCAAAUGCAGGUAUCGUAGGUAUGACUAAAGAGCAUCUAGGAUUGGCAUUAGCUCUAUCAGUUCCAGUUUUUGUAGUAGUGACAAAAAUUGAUAUGUGCCCACCAAAUGUCUUGCAAGAAAAUUUGAGACUACUGGUCAGAAUACUAAAAUCACCCGGUUGUAGAAAAGUCCCUGUUACAGUAAAAACUCCUGACGAUGUUGUAGUUAGUGCAACAAAUUUUGUUUCAGAAAGACUGUGUCCAAUUUUCCAAGUAUCUAAUGUUAACGGAGAAAAUUUGGAUCUUCUGAAAAUGUUUUUAAAUCUCUUGACUGCCAGAAUCACUAGUCACGACGACGAACCAGCAGAAUUUCAAAUUGAUGACACAUACUCAGUUCCUGGGGUCGGAACAGUGGUAUCUGGUACAACUCUCAAGGGUGUCAUUAAGUUGAAUGACACACUACUCUUAGGACCUGACCCUCUGGGACAUUUUCAAGCAAUAGCAGUAAAAAGCAUCCAUAGAAAAAGGAUGCCUGUUCGUGAAGUUCGUGGAGGUCAAACAGCAAGCUUUGCUUUGAAAAAAAUUAAAAGAUCUCAAAUUAGAAAAGGAAUGGUAAUGGUGUCACCUGCUCUUAAUCCUCAAGCUUGUUGGGAAUUCGAAGGCGAAAUUUUAGUGCUACACCACCCAACAACGAUCAGCUCUCGCUAUCAAGCUAUGGUUCACUGCGGAAGUAUCCGUCAAACUGCAUCGAUUUUAUCCAUGUCUCAAGAUUGUCUAAGGACUGGAGAUAAGGCUCUUGUACACUUUAGGUUCAUAAAACAUCCAGAGUAUAUAAAACCAGGACAAAGAAUGGUGUUCCGUGAAGGUCGAACUAAAGCUGUGGGUAAUGUUUUGCGACUAAUCCCUCAUUCAGGACAAGGAAGUACACACACUGUAAGAACGAAUAAACCCAACAAAAUGCAGCAAUCUCGUCAACACUCGAACUCGCAGAACUUAGAUACCGUGGAAAGUAGUAAUACCAUAGAAACUCAAACAGCUAAACGCGAAAAUACAGUACAAAAAUCUGGAUCGAAUGUGGCUAAGAAAAGUAGAGGAAGAAGAGGAGGAAGACCUUCGAAUUCUACAGGUGCUAUUGUACAGCCACUUUCAGAGCAAAAUCCUCCAGCAAAUGUUUGAAGAGACCAUCAAACUUUAUCACCAGAAUAAUUAAGAGCAAUCAGCACACCUGUGUUUAUAAAAUACCAAUCGUGGUCAUUCUCAAAAAUCAACUUUUUUUUAAACUGUAUCUCCUUACAAUCCUUUCUAAAUGCUGUCACUAUCAUCAAAAUGCAUCAAAAGGAUUUUCAUUUUUUUAAAUAUCCUUUAAAUUAUGACCACCAAGGUCUACUCAAAGUGAUAGCUUGAAAAUAUAAAGAAUCACCAUAUACAGUUUAAUUUCAGAAAUUAACGAGAUCACAAUAUCUACGAAUAUUUGAAAAAAUAUUGACUUGAAAGUUUAUGGUGUAGAUUUUAUGUUAUUAUCACUUUUCAAGCAUCAUUUUCAUUCAUUAAUUUAUAUUACAUGAAAGGCUCUGUGAGUCUAAAGAGAAUUUUUUCUUUACAUACACCUACUUUUGCUACAAAAUCUAGUAUGUAACUGUAAAAACUUAAAAUGUAUGAAUAUCUUUUACGAAUUUCGUCAAUACCUGGUAUUUUAUAUCCUAUAUACAAAUUAUUAAUCAUAAGUUAUAACGAUACAAAUAUUUAUAUAUAAUGUGUCAUGAUGGAUGUAUGGUUCUUUAAUGGUAUUGAAUUCAUGAUAAUAAACAAUGAUAGAGUGAAAAAUUAUUUUCUAAAGAAUUCGUUACGUUAUAAUUAAAUCUCAGAUUAGUCUCAGUAGCUGUAUUAAAUACUGCACAAAGUACUUUUCAAAAUUUGAAAUGUAUUGUAAAAUAAAAUACAACUAUAAUUCGAAUAAAUAUUAUUGAAUAACAA